AUGAUAUCACAAAUAAAACUAAAAAAAUUUCAAAUAGUUCUCAUUCUUGUGUUUCUUCUACACACAUAUUGGAUUGCGGCGCAAGAUGUAAAUUUGAUUGACGAUCCUGAUAAUUCCAAUAAGACGCAUUGGUUCAAUUGUACUAUCAACAACACAAUCUAUUAUGAUAAUGACUGUUUUUCAUGGCUAGGAAAUUUUAUAUUAGGCUUAGGACUUAUUUUAACAGUUUUAUUAAUGCUCUGUUGCUGUUGUUUCUGGUAUUGUUUAUGUUCUUUAUGCAAGAUAAUAUGUUGUAGUGAUAAUCCACGAGAAGUUAUAUAUACAACGUAUGUUUAUCCAUCAUCGUACACUCAAAUACCUUAA